CUUGGCUAGGAUUGAAGCACUGCUCCAACAAUAUCAUCGGGAGCGUGAGGAAAGGAGAGAACGCCGAAGGCGCCGUGCGGGGCCACCUUCGGGCGGGGCUCCAAGAGGGAGGAGCUACUGUGAUUCGAGGACCCAUGUAGAAGCGCAUGGGAGCCGUGGUGAUGGAGGUCCAACCAUAAGGAUCUCCAAAUACAUCAAGGAGGCGAGAGACUUGGGGUGUAAACCGUUCGAUGGGACGGGAGACAUCUCAGUUGCCGCGCAGUGGAUCAAGAGGCUGAACGAGGCAGCCCUUGACAUGCAACUCACCCCCGAUUUCAAAUUGAGAAUCGGGGUGAGGUUACUUGAAGGGUUAGCAUCCAAGUGGUGGGAUGGAACCAAGGGUAAGUAUGGCGGGACAGUUACUUGGGAGGAUUUUCGGCAAGAAUUCUUUGCCCAAUACUACUCCGACUUUGAGGUAAACGCCAAGGUGAGGGAGUACACUCUUUUGACCCAAGGGGGUAACAUGACGGUGAAAGAACUUGAGCAUAAGUUCAGGGACCUUGCCGACCACAUACCGGAGUAUGCGUGUGAUGAGAACCGAAUGGUGAAUCACUUUUGGGAGGCCUUGGACUUGGAGAUACGUGAUAGGGCGACUCAAUUGCCCAACAUGACUUUCAGCCAAGUGGUUGCCCAGGGGUUGAAGGGAGAAAAGCAAUGGGAGGAAAGGAAGAAGAGGGACGCCGAGGAGGCAAAGAAGAGGAAAUGGGAGAGCCAUGGCCCCCAAGGUUCUAAUAAGAAAGGGAACCAUGGGGGAGGAGGAUCAUUCAGGGCACCGGCACCACCAUCUAGGGGAGGCUCAGGCACGGGUGGACAAACCUCGGGCUCGCAAGCCCCAAUGAUGAUUAGAUGCAGGAAUUGUAACAGGAACCAUGGGGGUAAGUGUCGUGACCCUCUUCGGUGCUACCAAUGUGGAGACACGGGGCAUAUUAAACCAAAUUGCCCUCAACUUGGUGGGAACCGAGGGGUGGGAUCAAGCGGCGCUACCACGGCAAGUAGGAACCGAAGCGGAGCACCUCAUGCUAGUAUGGGGCAGGGGGGAGCGAGCACAAGCAACGCGCCGUCCGUGAACCAAGGAAGGACUCAAGCCAGAGUCUACGCAAUGACCGAGGCCGACGCUCGGGCCAACCCCGACUCCGUUGCAGUUUCAGGUAGAACUUGAAGGUUGCUACCACCGCCCGUUGCUUCGGGAAGAUCAAAGGAGGGAGACGUGGUUCGUGCUUCUUCCGUUCCUGUUUUAAAAACAUUUAAAUUAAUGCUCAUGGAUAUUAUAUUUUUGAAUAAUUAUUUGGGGGCUUGUAUGCCCAAGUUUGCCAAGUGUGGCAUGAAUAUUUGUAUCAAAUGUUUCCGCUGCUUGAAUGAAUGUUUCACAUUAUGCUUGUU